AUGUCGAAAGUGACCCUUGCGAUCGUAGCAGCGGCCGGAGCUGCCACCGGUGCAGCAGCCACUGCGGCGUUGUGGUCUACAAAAAAGGAGACACCAUCUCCAACAGUUGUUACAACUACUACCACUACAAGUGGCAUAGCAAAGGCACCUCCACCUCCUUUACCUGUUGGACGGCAUCCUCACGCCCCAGCCCCGAAAGCAAUUGUCGAUCCAAGCGGCAUCUUUCAAUAUGGCUUCCCCGGCCCCGUCAACGACCUCCGUCCUGCCGCCUCCCUGACCUCCUCCUUCGACCGCCGCACACGCAACCCCCACUGGGUCGCCGAGCACAUAACUCCCGAGUCGCUCGCAAACAAUAACGCCGACCGCAAGCAUUCCGUCUUCGUUGAAGAUGUCUCCAUCCCUGAGAUGUUCCGCGCAAAGCUCAAAGACUACUUCCGCUCGGGCUACGACCGCGGCCACCAAGUCCCUGCCGCAGACGCGAAGUGGAGCCAGGAAGCCAUGGACGAUACCUUCUCGUUGAGUAAUAUGUGUCCGCAGGUGGGCGAUGGGUUCAACCGGGAUUAUUGGGCGCAUUUCGAGGACUUCGGUAGGAGGCUGACGAAGAGCUAUCCGUCCGUGCGUAUUGUCACUGGGCCUUUGUACCUACCGAAGAAAGAGGCGGACGGCAAGUGGAGGGUUUCAUAUGAGGUUAUCGGGUCGCCGCCGAACGUUGCCGUGCCGACGCACUUCUACAAGGUCAUCUUCGCGGAAGAUGGACAGCAGGGUGGGAAGGUUGCGCUGGGCGCGUUCGUCCUGCCCAACGCGGUAAUUGCGAGCCACAAGCCGCUCACGGACUUUGAAGUGCCGGUCGAGGUAGUCGAAAGGGCGAGCGGGCUGGAGUUCGUAUCGAAACUCGAUCCCGUGAGGAGGAGAAGGCUGUGUCAGGAGGUCAACUGCUCUGUCAUCAUCAAGGAGUAUGCGCAGAGGCAGAAGAGCUUCGGAAAACAACAAUGA